GCCGAAUACAUAAAAAACCAGGUAAUAGGCUAGUGGGCCCAAAUGUUCAUCCCCCUCCCUGCAUUCCGUUUCUGAAGAGUGAAGAGUGAAGGCAGUUAUAGAAGCAGGCAGGCAGGCAGCCGAGCAACCUCAUCAAGAAAAAAGAAUCAACGAUGGGAGGCCGAAGCCGAUGCCGAACGCAGGGGAAACACUUCCGGAAUCCUAGAGAUGACGGCCGGAAACGCCUGAAGUCGGAUUCUCAGAAACCGCCAAACAGAGCUCCGUCAGCCGAUGAUGAAGCUAACGGGGACGCCACCAAUAGUAACCCCAUAACGGAGCCUUUCUCCAAGCACAAUAGUUCAUUCGAAGAGUACUACAAGGAACAAGGCAUUGUGUCGCCGGAAGAGUGGGACACUUUCAUUGAAUAUCUCCAAACACCGCUCCCUGUUGCUUUUAGAAUCAAUUCCAGGACGCAGUGUUAUAUGGAUAUUAGAUCAAUGUUAGAGGAUGAUUUCAUGAACUCUCUUCAGGCAGAGAUUUCAGAUGGGAGUGAAGUUGAGGCAAUUAGACCUUUGCCUUGGUACCCAAACAACCUUGCUUGGCAUUCCAAUUUCUCUAGGAGCCAGUUGAGAAAGAAUCGAACUCUUAAGAGGUACAUGAUACUUUUUACUUAAUAUUGAGAAGAGGUAUUGAUGUCAGAUGCACCCCCACCCUCUCAUCAAGCAACACUGCUCCUGCAAAAGUCUUGAACACACAGAACAGGUCACAUACAAACAAAAGAAACUAGAAAACAUCUAUGACAUGUGCUUUCUUCGCCCUGCCUUUCCAAGAAAGAUAGCUCUACGUAACCCAUUACCAACCUAGGUACCACAUAAAGUACUGCCAAUGAAUCAAGAUUAAAGUAUUAGGUUGUCUAUCAAUAUUAUCUUCAUCAGGGGUUUUCUGUUAGGUACCUGACACAGAUCUGAGCAAUACAAUAAACUAACAAGCACAGAUCUAAUGAAUGAUAGGGAAAGAGUGUUUAUUGAUGGAAGGUGAUAAACAGUAGGCUGCAGGGACUUCUUAGGCAACCGGGACUUAGGCAACAAGGCAACAAUUCUCAAAAUAAUAGUCUACCCAUUAUUAGCUACCCAACUUACUAUUUAUAGUAGUAGGUCCACGCAGGGACUAAAAUAGAAAAACAGACUCAUUAAAUGACCCCAGCCCACUUAAUUGACCUCAGCCCAUUUUAUUUCUCCUUUCAAAUACCCUAUUAAAAUACUUAAACAGGCAGAUUCCUAACAUUACUCCCCCUCUAAUUAACCACCUUGCCCUCAAGGUGGGUAAUAAAACACCACCUUGAUCUUGAACUUCCUCUUCAUCCUGGAACCUCUUCCUUCCCAGUAUCUCCUUGGUUUCUGAUCUAGGAGCUUCAUUUCUUUCACUUUCAUUAUCACAUCUUUCACAGCAAACAGGAGCAGAAACUGGGUAUAAAAAUUCCCUGGAAAUAUACUUGAAGCCUCUUCCUUGUAACCCAUCUCUUCAUAUAAUGGUUCUAAGGCCGACAUGCUAUGAGUUGCAGCUCUAAAUGGAUCAAAGAACAAACCAGUUGGAACUCUUACAAGAACACACAUACCCAUUUCAACUGGUUCCAUGAAUUCUUGAAACUACAAAAUGAAAUUGGCAACAUUACAAGACAGGAAGCUGUUAGCAUGGUUCCUCCACUGUUUCUAGAUGUAUGUCCGGAUCAUUUUGUUCUUGAUAUGUGUGCAGCUCCUGGUUCCAAAACAUUUCAAUUGCUUGAGAUGAUAUACCCUGAGGGUGUUCCUGGAUCACUACCUACUGGAGUGGUGAUAGCAAAUGAUGUUGAUGUACAAAGGUGCAACCUUCUCAUCCACCAAACAAAGAGAAUUUGCACUGCCAACUUAAUUGUCACAAAUCAUGAUGCCCAACAUUUCCCCAACUGUCAUUUGUAUAGACACCAUCCCAACGGUUCCGAGAUUAGGAGCUUUGAGGUUCCCAAUAUCACUCGGCAUCUAUUUGAUCGUGUUUUAUGUGAUGUUCCGUGCAGUGGGGAUGGUACUUUACGCAAGGCACCUGGCAUUUGGAAGAAAUGGAAUGUAGGAAUCGCCAAUGGUCUGUAUGGUCUACAAGUUCAGAUAGCGAUGAGAGGUAUUUCUUUGCUUAAAGUUGGUGGACGGAUGGUUUAUUCGACUUGCUCGAUGAAUCCUAUUGAGAAUGAAGCUGUGGUUUCUGAGGUUCUGCACAGGUGUGGACAGUGUGUUGAACUUCUUGAUGUCUCCAUUGAGCUUCCUCAUCUAAUUCGCCGCCCAGGUCUUAAAAAAUGGAAGGUUAAGGAUAAAGAAGUGUGGUUGAAUUCUUACAAAGAUGCUCCAAAACCUCGCAGAGGUUCAAUUGUUCCUGGAAUGUUUCCUUCUCGGUGUAACUGGAGUUUUGGAAGUGUGAUACACAUGGACGAAGAACACACAACUUCCACUAGCAUCCUGGAAGAGGAAGUAUCCACAUUACCUUUGGAGCGCUGUAUGAGAAUAGUGCCUCAUGAUCAGAACACUGGAGCCUUCUUUAUUGCUGUCUUUCACAAGCUUUCAAAUCUACCAGAGAAGUCAACUGCUGAGAUCAAAGAGGCUUCAAAAGGGUUGGAAGGGAAGUCAGCAUGUACUGGAAGUGUUCAAUUUCCUGAAGAAACAAAAAAUGUAGAUUUACUUGACAAAGAAACAGAUGGCCCUGCUUAUUACAAUAAGUCUGACAAAAAAUAUCAAGAUAAUGAAGCUGAUGACGUCCACCUUUGUGGUCACACUAGUGCUAGUCCAGAGAUGGUUGGAAGAACAGAGUUGCAGAUUCAAGGCAAGUGGAGAGGGGUUGACCCAGUUAUCUUUUACAGGGAAAAUGAACUUACUAGUAAGAUCAAAGAUUUCUAUGGUAUUAAAAAAUCCUUUUCGUUUGAUGGGAAUCUCGUUACAAGAAACAGUGAUACUAAGAAUGUGAAGCGAAUAUACUAUGUAUCCAAGUCUGUGAAGGAGGUUCUUGAACUCAAUCUUCUUGCUGGGCAGCAGCUUAAGAUAGCCUCAGUUGGUCUGAAAAUGUUUGUAAGACAGCCAUAUAAAGACGGUGCAUCUGCACCCUGUGUGUUUCGCAUUUCAUCCGAGGGAUUGCCGCUGUUACUGCCGCACAUAACGAACCAAGUUUUAUAUGCAUCUCUCUUGGACUUCAAACAUCUAUUGCAGUAUAAAAUAAUUAAGUUCGCCGAUUUUGUUGAUUCCAACUUUAGAGAAAAGGCUUCUACUCUAUUGUUGGGUUUCUGUGUGGUGGUUUUAGAUAAUAAAGAUAAGCAGACAGCAAUUGGAUGCUGGAGAGGAAGGACUAACAUAUCUGUGAUGGUCUCUUCCCUCUACUGCCAAGAAUUAUUAGAAAGGAUGGAUAAGUACGUGAAGGAGGACAUGGUGUUGUCUUUACAUUGCAACGAUCGCUCUUUUGUUAAGGCAGAAGAUCAGACAAGAGUUGCUGUCGUGCCGAAUGUAAUGCCCAAAUCACUUGGGACUUUAGGGUAAUGUAUUGUACUUUCCAUUUACACUUUUUUGUUUUUGAGGCAUUAUUGCUUCUCUGCAGACAUAUUUUCUGACCCUUUUCUGCAGAUUUCAUAAUUUCUUAUUUCGUGAACUUAAGGAACGUGGACAGAUGGUUUUUGACACGUGAUAAUUUCUUGCUGAAAUGUUGUAGUAGCAAAGCCAAGGUGUAUGUAAACAGUUGAAGUAUUGUAGUCAUAUACUCAUAUGUGAUACUCGUAUGUGAGAACCCUUUUGUGAUGAGUUGUGUCCACGACUCCACGUUAUGUCAACUUUAAUCAA